AUGAGUCCACAAUGGAUACCACAAAAUAUACAAAAGAGGCUACUACUUUACGUCCUCAACCAGUUGUCUCUAUUUUCAGAAGUCGAUUUACCGAACCUUGAGGAAGUGUCUUUGAACAACAUAACAUUAAAAGAUAUAAGUAUCGAUCCAGAAAAGGUGGGCAAACUCCCGGGUUUCAAUCUUCGACACGGAAAGGUGGGGUCGAUAGAGCUCACUACAUUAUCUGGAAUCAGUGGGGUCAAGAUUGACGCGAAAGAUGUGGAAAUUGUUGUUUCACCCGAUUAUGAUGAUGAAAAUACGGGUAGUCAUUCACAAUUUCUCUUGGCUCAAACGACGGCAGAUUUGGCCAAUACCAUCAUGUUGGAAACAGAUGAAUAUGAGAUGCAAAAGAACGAGUCUGUCAUUGAUAGCGAGAGUGACUCGGAAGAUGCCACUCCAAUUGUGCCGGCUUCUAGAAGGCGAAGCUCAACAAUUUCAAACAGUUCCGCUUUGGGGAACGUUAUGCAAAGGGCAAUGGAAAUGGCACUACUGAGGCUCCAGAUUAAUAUUUCAAAUUUGAAGAUUAAAUUGAUAACUGAACUGACUGACUUGCUUGUCGAAGUGGAAGAAAUCAAGAUAACGACUGUGAAUGGUACCAGAAAUAUUAGAGUGAGUGCAAUAACUAUAAAAACGUUGCGCCCAUCGGUACCUUCUGGAACGGGUAAAGCUGGAGACAAUGCCAAUGAAGCGACAGAGAAGUCAGAAGACGAUGAAAAUGAGAACUCAUCUGAUUAUGGAGAGGAGGCAUUGAUGAAUAGUAUGGUCUUCACCCAUGAAGAGGCAAGCUCAAUAUAUAUGAGCGCAACAUCUCAGUCCUUUGGGAAAUCCUCCACUUCAAACGAACCCGUCGAUAACAAACAAAGUAGUGAAUUUGCAAACGAACCACCGAUACUAUUCUUUAUGAAUCUGUGUGAGAUCGAAUUCGAUGGCUUGAAAGCAAUAUCCAAUUUGGAAAUCAAAGUGGACAAAGUAAAGGUCGCAUCAACUCCAGCUACAGCGACACUAAUCACCAUAUUCGAGGGUAUAACCAAAACGUUGAAAGUGAAGCUAUAUCAAAUGAAGAGAAAAUCUUCAUCAAAGGCACACAAAAGUAGUGAAAAGUUCCCCCAGUAUUCAAAUGACGAUGACGAGGUAGACAGCGAAUCCGCUGAAGAUACAUCAGACACAGAACCUUUGUUUAAUAGCACUAACAUAUCAAGCUUACAAAUUGCUUUGGAUGCGUCGUUGAAGCCCGAUGGAUCUUUUGCUACGCUGAAUGGACUCAUUAUCAAUUUGGAAAACAUUACUGCCAAACAAAAGAAUGAAUUACGCUUGUAUGGCGGGGUUGAGGUGGUGGAGGUCAUACAAUAUUUCGAUGGCAAUGAAUCCAGAGCAUUCUUCUUCGAAAAUCAGAGAGACACGGGCUAUCAAAGAUCUGUAUCUCCACUGAGUGUACUGUCAGGAGCUUCAGGAAACAGUCAAACUUCCAACGCUGAUUUUCGCUUUGAAGUAUUUCAAAAUGAAGACGAUAAAACAAAUCUCGAGACUACAUUUUUGUUUGCCAAGGCAGCAUUUUUCAACUUGGAUAAAAACAAUUUGGGGUCUCUACUCAAAACAAUCAAUGAUUUGUUGGCUGUAUCUGCACGCUAUAGCAAGUUCCAAAGUGUUUUCCAUGGUAUUAGAAAGCUUCGAGACUCAGCAGUCGGCGAUCCGAACAAAGAGGAGAUGAAACAAGAACAUAUAAUACUACAAACAGCCACGAUCAAUGUAUCCCUAGCAAUGGCAAACAAUUUGAAGGUUCAACUCAGGGCCCUUCCAGUUACUUACGAUUCUAUCAAGGGCGAGCUAAAUAUUGCAACCAUAACAGGUCACGGAAGUGUAGAUAAUCAACCCAUCGAAACUUUAUUCAGCAUCAUAGGAUUUUCUGUGCAUCUGAAAGUACAUAAUUUCAAAGCAUUCCUUCAGGCAAAUAAUCCCAAUAGCAGUGGGGAGAGCAAAUUACCCCGCGCUACAAAUUUGAAUACUCCAUUGACGGUUUCAAUACAGAAAAUUGAGUACGUUUCGACUUUGGCCUACUUGAAGCUUUCCGUAAAAGAAGUACAGCACCUCGUGGCCUCCUUAUUGGAUGACUUAGCUAGCAAUGAAACCAUCACUUUGUCUAAACCCUCCAAACAUGUGAAACUUGAUCAGUCAAUGUACUCAUCUUCCUCAACCAAUAACUUGGGUAGAAACAGGAAAGCCAGGCUUGGGCUAAAUAUGAGUCAUGCAACAUUGUCCAACACCCAUCGCGUGAAUCAAGCUAACUAUUGUGUCAACAUCGGGGCUAUUUCAAUCAAGGUGGAUGACAUUUUACCUAAAUUUGGUAGCCUUAAAAUGGAUAUAACAAACAUUGCAUUAUUCAAGUUGAAGAAUGACUUGCUUGGCUCUAUUCUCGAGUUGGAAAUUGUACGCAUGAAAGACAACGUCAAUGAGAGCGUACUUUACCAUCAUCAGGGCGUAGAGGCGGCUUCAAUUGAGGUACCUCUAGUAACCUUCAAAUACAAGCCAAUGGAAAGAAGCUCCAUAUUAGAGAUCAGUGCUCGUGACUUUUUGUUGGAGUACUACACUCAUUGGCUUUCGUUGUUUGGUAAAGAUGAAUCGAUCAUUGAGCAAGUAGAGGAAGAGUUGAUUGAUACAUCGCCACCUAAAAAGCCGCCUUCCUCCCAUCGUAUUGAUAUCAGGCUUUCCUUGUCUAAUUGCUUGGUUGGACUCACUCCGGGCCGAUUGAACUGUAAAGGUUAUUUGACAGUUUCUAGGGGCAAUGUCGACUUCGUGUUUGGAGCUAACCAGUUUCACAUCAAAAGUUCGGUUCGAGAUAUUGCUAUCCUUUUGAUAGAUGAUGUGAAAAAUGUUACGCUAACAAAGGAUACCAAAGUUGAUCAAUCUAGUGACCAAUUGAAUGUAGUCGAUGUCUUGAUGGAUCGAGGGUAUAUUCAACUAGGCUCAAUCAAUUUGGCUCACAUCGGAUUGACGUUCAACACCAAUAUCGAAGAAAUUAAAAGGAGGAACCAUGAAUUAGAAAUCAGGGAUGGCUUAUCAAUUAUUGACUUCAAGAUCAAUACUGACGAGAUACAAUUGGACUUGUGCGCGGAUUCAGCCAACACUUUUGCACAAAUGGUUAAUGACUUGAAGUUGCCUUAUGAUUUUGACGACAAAGAUAAGAUGGAAAUAAGUGUUGGUCACAACAUCGAUGUUUUAAACGACGUAGACAAUAACAUGUUUAAAAAUAUAUCAGAAUCGUUUGCUGAAAUGGAUAUAAAUGAGGAGCCGGUGUCUGUAGAGGCCAGUUCAGAAUCAAGUUCCGGCUUGGAAUUUCAAGAUGAACAUUUUGAUUAUGUGUCGAGCUACAAAUCUGAGAUCAAAGGAAUAGAUCCGCUAAAGGUCAACAUCAACUUGUCGAGGGUUGAAAUUUAUCUAUAUGAUGGGUAUGAUUGGAAGGAUACCAGGAAGGCGAUUAGGGGUGCCGUUAAAAAAAUUGAGUUAGAACAAAGAAAACGGGAUGGAGACUCUCAGGGCACUAGUGGUCGUAGUGAGACAGAAGAGGUGUCAACAGUUGACACCUCUUCUGGACGGGACCCCACCACAGUGAUUCAUGAAACGUUGUACCAAUCGAUAUAUGUUAGUGCUCCAAAAGUGGCGCGAGGAAGCGAUUUAACCAAAAGCAUCAAUUUCGGUUUACAGAAUGACGAAGAAGAGGUGAAUGACAAUGAAGACAAGAUUAAUGCAAACAUUAAAAGAGGCAAAAACUACAAAAACCUCAAGUUGAGAAGAUCUGCGUACCACAAAGUGGUGGCUGAUUUACGAAGCGUUGACAUUGGUGUGGUGGUCUACUCAACCAGGGAUCCACGGCGAGACAAGACUGAUCCCGAUGUUAAAGUGGAAUUUUUGAACUUGAUCGAAAUGAGUUUGGGAAAUAUUGAUGUUUAUGAUAAUGUUCCAUCAUCGACUUGGAAUAAGUUUCUAUCAUAUAUGAACAUUCUUGGAGAACGCGAAGCUGGAACUAGUAUGGCAAAGGUUAGUAUACUCAACGUGAGACCCAAGCCCAAGCUAGUUGCUACAGAAGCAAUUAUGAAGGUGUCUAUAUUACCCUUGAGAUUUCACGUUGAUCAAGACACUUUGGAUUUUAUGACUCGAUUCUUUGAUUUUAACGACUCAAGGUUUGAGUUGCCACCGGAUGAGAUUUUGUAUAUUCAAAAGUUUGAAAUUAGUCCUGUUAAGUUGAAAAUUGAUUAUAAACCGAAAAAGGUGGACUUUAUGGGGUUGAGAUCAGGAAGAACAGCUGAAUUCGCCAACUUUUUCAUCUUGGAUGGAUCGAAAAUAACAUUACCGAGAGCCAACUUGUUUGGGUUGCUGGGUACUACAGAGUUGAUGCGUGGAUUGGGCAAAGCAUGGGCACCAGUAUUUCAACUGACUCAAGUAUUGGGAAUUGUAUCUGGCGUUUCAUCAUUGAGAUCAGUGGUUAACAUUGGUGGUGGGUUCAAAGACUUGUAUGUUGUUUCGAGAAAGGAGUAUCAAAAAGAUGGACGGUUCUGGAGAAGCAUUCAGAAGGGCACUACUUCUUUUGCUAAAACCACGGGGUAUGAAUUGGUUAAUAUGGGUGUCAAAUUAGCAUCUGGUACUCAAGUUUUGUUGGAACAAGGUGAAGAAAUGUUGGGGGGUGAAGGUUCUUCAUCGCGAACCAAACGUUCAACUGCUCGUCGCGGGUCAGAUGAUGGAUCUGAUAUGUCAACAGACUUCACUGACAUCAAAGCUAGAGAUGGUGGUAACGCUAGUGGUGGCAAUGUUCUUUUAAGCUCACAAAUUUUAAGUAGACAAGCAGCAGAAAAGUUUGGAGAUGAAUUGCAUUUCGAUGGACAAAAGAAGCUUUAUUCUAAUCUUGAAUUUGAGGAUGAAGAGGAUGACAAUUUCGGAAUUGAUCGAGAUUUUUUGAACAAGUCGAUUUUUUUACUACCUAAAAAUGAGUCUGGGGAGCUUGCAACUGUUGAAGAAGGUGACGAAGAUGAAGACGAAGACAAGAAGAAGGAGAGAAAUACAAUUGUUGGCAGUGAUGGUAUUGAAGACGAUGAAGACGAGAAAUUUGACGUUUACGCUAUUGACGAAGCUGAUGAAGAUGAGUUCAAACAAAAGAUGGUUAGUUUAUAUUCGAAUCAGCCGGAAACAUUUCAACAAGGUUUUCUAUCAGCAUACAGGUCACUUGGUAAAAACUUUAAAUUGACGGGUAAACAAUUGAAGAAAUUGAAAACGGAGUUGGAUAAACAGGAAACAGUUCAAGAUUCUAUCGUGACAGUUUUGAAAAAUUCACCAGUGAUUCUCAUUAGGCCAAUGAUUGGUACCACUGAGGCUUUGUCACGAGCCUUGAUGGGCAUAGGUAACGUUAUCGAUCCCAAACAUAUGGUUGAAAUCAAGGACAAGUAUCGAAGUGAAAGCAGCGAUGACGGGUAG